GGGAAGGGAAGGAAAGGGAAGGGAAGCCUUCUCUUCCUUUCUAUUCCAUGGCUCUUAGCAUUUCUUCUUCUUUGACCUCCUUCUCACUCUCAUCAUAACUCCACUUCUCAACCCAUUAUAGCAAGAUUUGAUCUCCAUCCUCUCAAAGCGAUUGUUAUACUUGUGGCUUUGCUUCCUAUGAGUUUUGGGGAGUUCUUGGAGUGGAGUCAGUGUAGUACCCGGGCGGUCGGUAGCAAUAUGCCUGCUCCUGCUGCUUCUCAGCCCCCCCGCCUUCUCUCCUCCCCGGUCUUCACUAGACCUGCGCCAGAAACCAUGUUCAUCUCACCUGCCCUCUCUCUAACUCUGACGAGCAACAUGAGCGGCGGCGGUGGUGCCAUGGGGCUCGGCGAUGGACAAGGUGAGAUGGGAGGGGGUAGGAUGUCAACGGUGAUGGGGGCGGCCGGAGAAUUGGAUGCAGGGAAGAGCAGUAACAACAACAACAACAAUAGCAGCAGUAAUAACAGAGAUUUGGAUGGGUAUGAGAGCAGAUCAGGAAGUGAUAACAACAUGGAUGCCGGGUCUGGUGAUGACCAAGAUGCCGACAACCCACCUAGGAAGAAGAGAUAUCACAGGCACACACCACAGCAAAUUCAAGAGCUCGAAGCGCUCUUCAAGGAGUGCCCUCACCCAGAUGAGAAGCAGAGGCUGGAGCUGAGCAGGCGGCUCAACCUCGAGAGCAGGCAGGUCAAGUUCUGGUUCCAGAAUCGAAGGACCCAAAUGAAGACCCAGUUGGAGAGGCAAGAGAACUCUAUCCUGAGGCAGGAGAACGAUAAACUGAGAGCAGAGAACAUGUCGAUAAGAGAUGCCAUGAGGAACCCCAUCUGCACCAACUGUGGUGGUCCUGCUCUACUUGGAGAGAUGUCCCUCGAAGAACAGCACCUCAGGAUCGAGAAUGCACGCCUCAAAGAUGAGCUGGAUAGGGUCUGCACUCUCGCUGGGAAGUUCCUUGGAAGGCCCAUCCCAUCUGUUCCUUCGGUGCCCCAUCGCUCUUCUUUGGAUCUUGCCGUGGGAAGCAAUGGAUUCAGUAGCCCAAUGGUAGACCCGACAGCACCUGCUGCUUCGUUGCCCCAAGGUGCUGAUUUCAUCACUGGGCCGCAGCUAAAUGUGAUGGGGAGAGCAGGGAAUCCCGAGAGAUCGAUGCUUGCAGAGCUCGCAUUGACAGCAAUGGACGAGUUGGUGAAAAUGGCCCAAGCUUCUGAACCUUUGUGGAUUCCAAGCUUUGAAGGUGGGAGCGAGACCCUCAAUUAUGAGGAGUAUCUGCUGGUCUUCCCAAGGUGCAUUGGGCCGAGACCUCUCGGUUAUACGUCUGAGGUGACAAGGGAGAUGGGCAAUGUCAUCAUCAAUAGCCUCGCUCUCGUCGAAACUCUCAUGGAUGCGAAACGAUGGACCGAAAUGUUUCCAUGUAUAGUCUCCAGAGCAACCACUACAGAUGGAAUAUCGAGUGGGAUGGGUGGAACCCGGAAUGGUGCUCUUCGACUGAUGCAGGCAGAGCUCCAAGUUCUGUCACCCAUGGUUCCAGUGCGAGAUGUCCAGUUCCUCAGAUUCUGCAAGCAACACGCGGAGGGAUUAUGGGCAGUUGUUGAUGUAUCCGUCGAUGGCCUCAAAGAAGACACUCCUUUAGCUCCUUACCCCAAAUGCAGGAGGCUGCCUUCCGGCUGCCUUGUUCAAGACAUGCCUAAUGGAUACUCAAGGGUAACAUGGGUGGAACAUAUCGAGUAUGAUGAUCGUGGGGUUCAUCCGCUGUAUCAAUCUCUGCUCAAGUCUGGAACAGGCUUCGGAGCUCAGAGAUGGGUCGCCAAUCUCCAGCGCCAGUGUGAAUGCCUAGCCCUCCUAAUGGCCUCAAACAUGCCAGGCAGAGAUCCUGCAGCCAUCACACCUGCAGGGCGACGAAGCAUGUUGAAGCUCGCACAAAGGAUGACCAACAAUUUCUGUGCGGGUGUAAGUGCUUCUACAGUUCACAAGUGGAACAAAAUUUCAAUGGGGAAUGCAAGUGAUGAUGUGCGCGUAAUGACAAGGAAGAGCAUUGAUGAUCCAGGGGAGCCUCCCGGUGUAGUCCUCAGUGCCGCUACUUCAGUCUGGCUGCCUAUCUCUCCACUCAGACUCUUCAACUUCUUACGGGAUGAACAUCUCAGGAGCCAGUGGGAUAUACUAUCAAAUGGAGGGCCUAUGCAGGAAAUGGCCCACAUAGCCAAAGGACAGGAUCACGGCAACUGCGUAUCACUCCUUAGAGCCAAUGCAACUAAUUCGAGCCAAAGCAGCAUGCUGAUAUUGCAGGAGACUUGCACUGAUGCAGCAGGGUCGUUGGUGGUGUACGCUCCAGUGGACAUCCCGGCAAUGCACGUGGUGAUGAGUGGUGGGGACUCGGCAUAUGUGGCUCUCUUGCCUUCCGGUUUUGCCAUUCUUCCUGAUGGUAACAAUAGCAAUAACAACAAGGAUGGUGGUGGUGGUGGGGUAGGGUGGGGUCAGGGUGAGAAGCUAAGAACGGAGGGUUCACUCCUUACUGUGGCAUUUCAGAUUUUGGUGAGCAGCCUGCCCACCGCAAAGCUUACGGUGGAGUCGGUAGAGACUGUGAACAAUCUCAUAUCAUGCACUGUUCAAAAGAUUAAAGCUGCCCUUAAUUGUGAGGAUGCUUAGUUUGUUGUAGACAAAAAAGAAAGGAGUGGGGAUUGAGAGGGAGGAGAUGGGCAGAGGGGUUGAGUCAAGAACGCACCGCCUAAUUCCUUGGUUCUUGUUCGACCCCGUCGGUGGAAGUGCAAGAGCAAGGGUGGUGGUUCGGGUAUUGACUCUGCACCCUAUUCUCCUCCCUCUUUCUUUCUCCUUUCUACAAUCCUGACACCCAAUGUACUUGGAUAAUACUUUCCAACUUUUCAUCCCUUGUGUCUGGUUUCUCCGUUUGAAAAGAGCUUUACAGAUGGUGGUCGCUUUUGUUCAUGACUUUUAGGCAUGGCCCCAGCUGAACAAGGCAUCCUAAAGAGAGAACUUCUUGUAUUUCUUUCUUGCACAAGCACAUUUAUGAGCUUUUCUGGUCCACCUUUGAUUCUUAAUUGCUGUGCAAUUUUGGUGUUAGGAACAGGAGUGGGAGUAGAUGGGAGGGGGACCAUGCUUCUUGUUGGGUGGGGAGAAAGAAUUAAUGGGAGGUAGGUAACAAACUUAUAGAUUGGUCUUUCAUGUAUUUAUUCCAAGUAGAUGAUCCCUAGGCACCACAACCACAGUCCAAAUAGUUUUGGGGGGGCAUUCAAUCUCACUCCCCAACUGUAUAUCCCUGUUCCUUUAAUUAGACCUGCUAAGAAGUGGCCUGUGACCACCACACUAGUCCACAUCAAGACAACGCACAUAUGGCCAUCGUGUUCCAGCCUUGUGGCUAAGGUUCUUGCUGUUAUAUUCAAAACAUAAGUAACAUGGUACAUUUUUAUGUUGGAAAA